CUUGAAUUUUACCCAUAAUUUUUUCAAUCGAAAAUUAAUCAAGUAUUUGAAAAAUAUGAAAUUUCAUAUGUAUAUAGUUUUUUUAAUCUAUUCAGCCUGCAUUUUAAAAAUUAAUGCUCAAUGGUCUAAUAUUGAUUAUGAAAUUUUUGAUAUUGUAUCUUCUUUAGAAGAAACAGAAGGAAAAGGAACAACUUUUUAUUCUUUUUUGGAUCUUAAGAAAGGCCCAGACUCCAGAAUUGAUGAAAUAAACAAAGCAUACCGUCAAAAAGCAUUAGAAUUACAUCCAGAUAAAAUUAAAGAUAAAAAAUUUUACAAAAUUUCACAAGAAAGAUUUUCAAAACUGGGAUUAAUUGCAAACAUUUUAAGAAAUGGUGAAAGUAAAGAAAGAUAUGACUUUUUCUAUAAGAAUGGGUUUCCAAAAUGGAAAGGCAGUGGGUACUAUUAUUCUAGAUAUAAACCCAGUUUUAAAUUUGUUCUGAUAAUUCUUCUUAUAAUCUUUUCAAGUUUUCAGUAUGUGGCUUCCAAAUUAAAUGCUACGCGUAGUAGAAAUCGUAUAAAGUACUAUAUUUCAUCAGCAAUAUACGCAGCACGUGGACAUAAUAUGACAUAUAAAUCUAAUUCUGGGAGAAAGAAAGUUAUAAACCAAGAAACUGGACAAACAUUUAUUGUGGAACCUGAUAAUUCCGUAUAUUUUAUUAACACGGAUGGAACAAAAUGGCUCUUAGAUGUUAAUAACGUUCCACCGGCAAGAUUAAAAGAUACUUUUAUUUUUGUUUUUCUUAGAUUUAUUUGGAAACAUAGCAUUAAAAGAGUUUAUUAUAUAAUUUUCAAAAACCAAAACAUACUUAAACAUAACGAUAAAAUAAAACACAAAUAACAUAGGAAAAAAGCUCAAAACAUUCAAAAUAUGCUAAAUAAAAC